UGCCCACUGUAAUAACAAGGCUCCGGCACAAGCACACGGCGCUGAUGGGUGGUGAUGCUGCUUCUGUGUGGGGAUAAAAUGACUUGACUCGGCGCUGUGGCGCUUCACAGCGUGGGCAGGCUGCGGACAGAGCGCAAACACACACACGCGCGCACACACACACACACACACACACACGCUGCUGUGGAUGCAGCGCACUCCGUGAAUAACUGUGGUUUUACAUGAUCUGAUUAAGGAAUAUAUAUAUUUUUUAGACAAAUAUCGUAACAUUUUAAGGAUAAAUGGAGUGUCUUUUUAAUUUUAUUCUUUUCUUUUUUGGGGGAAACUAUUUUGAGAAAACCUCUAAGGCCGAUGAAUCGAGGACAUAAAUAGGAUCCCUGACUAUGGACGUGACUCUGGAUCCUGAGAAUAAACCGGCGGCUCUACGCGCUGUCCUGGUGGCAUGCGUUACUCUGUUGUUGUCGUUCCACCUGUGGCGGUGGCUGCGGGAGCGCUCGUUGCCCGGUCUGCCCGGUCCUCCUGCCUGGCCGCUCAUCGGAAACGCUGCGCAACUUGGCAGCGCACCGCACUUGUACUUUACGCGCAUGGCGAAGAAAUACGGCAACGUGUUCCAGAUCAAACUGGGCUGUCGGGUCGUGGUGGUGCUGAACGGCGACGCCAUCAAACAGGCGCUCGUCAGGCAGGGACCCGACUUUGCCGGCAGACCGGACUUCACCUCGUUCCAGUACAUCUCCAACGGGAACGGCGUCUCGUUCACCACAAUCACGGACAGGUGGAAGGUGCACCGCAAAGUGGCGCAGUCCACCGUGCGGAUGUUUUCCACGGGGAACCCGCACACCAAGAGGACAUUUGAGCAUCACAUCCUGUGCGAGGUCAAAGAGCUGCUGCAGCUGUUUGUGGUGAAAACGCAGGAGCAGCGAUAUUUCCAGCCCAUGACUUAUCUGGUGGUUUCCACGGCGAAUAUAAUGAGCGCGGUGUGCUUUGGGAAGAGGUACGCCUAUGACGACAAGGAGUUUCAGCAGGUGGUGGGCAGGAAUGACCAGUUCACGCAGACAGUGGGGUCAGGCAGCCUCGUGGACGUGAUGCCCUGGCUCCAAUACUUCCCCAACCCCAUAAAAACAAUGUUUGACAACUUCAAAAGCCUCAACGUGGAGUUCGCCAUGUUCAUCCAAGAUAAAGUCAUCGAACACAGGAAGACAAUCCAGUCGAGCACCAUCAGGGACAUGACAGAUGCUUUCAUUGUGGCCAUGGAGCAAGUGAGAGACAAAACAGGAAUUUUCGCAGAGAAGGACUUUGUUACUCCCACUGUUGGGGAUGUAUUUGGAGCAAGUCAGGACACACUGUCGACUGCUCUGCAGUGGAUCAUCCUUGUACUUAUCAAGUAUCCUGAGAUGCAGCUACGUCUCCAGCAGGAAGUGGACAGGGUGGUGGGUCGCGGCCGGCUGCCCUCCAUCGAUGACCAGACGCAGCUGUCUUACAUCAUGGCCUUCAUCUACGAGGUGAUGCGCUUCACGAGCUUCAUCCCUCUCACGAUCCCUCACUCCACGACCACAGACACCUCCAUCAUGGGCCACACCAUACCAAAGAACACAGUCAUCUUCAUAAACCAGUGGUCCCUCAACCACGAUCCAGCAGUGUGGCCCAACCCCGAGAGGUUUGACCCAGAGCGGUUCGUGGACGAGCAGGGUGCUCUGAACAAAGACAAGACCAGCAAAGUGCUCAUCUUCUCACUGGGUAAGCGGCGCUGCAUUGGUGAGGACUUGUCCAAGCUUCAGCUGUUCCUUUUCACGGCGCUCAUCACCCACCAGUGCACUAUCACCGCGGACCCGGCCAUGCCGCCAAAAUUAGACUAUAACUACGGCCUGACACUGAAACCUCAGGCCUUCUCUAUAGCUGUGUCUCUGCGUGGAGAAAUGUCACUGCUGGAGGAAGUUACCAAGUCCUCAGCAGACUCCAAAACACAAAACUAAGAAAAGACUCAAAAGGACUACAGCUCAUGUUUGCCAUGGGCAAAAGAAAACUGUAUUUAUAAGCUAAAAUUCUUCUCUCCUUUGUUUUACAUACUGAACACUGACUACUGAUAACACUUGUUGCGUCGAGUGCUGCAGUCACGGUCUUACACACCAGUCACUCAAAGCAAAUGUGCAAAGUUUCCUUUUGUUUUUUUUUAAAGGCCGUGUAUUUGAAAUAAAAGAUGAAAUACCAGCUGACUUUCAAAAUCAAAGUUAUAAGAAUAUGUAGAAGAAACCUUCAAAAUGGGACAAAACAUUUAUCCUGAUCGACUAGACCACACCAUGUGAUUUGAUGGAGUCCAGUAAACCUACAACUCGAAUGACAAAUGAAAAGGCAUAAGACAUAAGAUCAUGUUCAGCGAGAAAGACAAUAACACAGAGUUCAGUUUGAAAGGUCUGAAAAGCAGCGCAUAAGCAAAGCAAAGCUCCCUUUUCCUCAGAAGAAAUGUCAGAAUUCCUGCUCUACUGUUGAAACGACUACUGAAAUUGUCUUUUGGGUUUCUGUGCUUCAGUCAAGGCAUCAAACUACUGCACGGUGUAACAGAAAGAAUCCAAGAAAUACCCCAAAUGCAAACAAUAAAUCAUCCUUACAUCGAAAGAUUUAUUGUGGAAUUAAAGUGAGACUGGUGAAAUAAGAAAAGCUGUGACUUCGAACAAUCACACACAGAUAUUUCAUCAUCAUGUUUGCAUUGAUGCCGCCGAUGCCUUAAACUCACAAUAAACCUUAAUAAACACAUCCAACAGAAAGUCAAAAACCUCUUUUCUUCUUUUAACCCAUUUGACACUGAUGCCGGGCCGAUCGGUCGGCGCUGAUUACCACUUCAUUUCUAACAGUCUCGCUGUGAACUCCUAAAAACGAACUUGGCACCUUGCCUCGUCAGGUGGGAACAAAGGGAAGUGUUUGGGAGAUCCCUUUCCCCACACAGCAUUUUAUCUCACUCUGCCAGAACAUCCUGUACUUGAUCAGUGAGAGGCAGCCAAGCCAGACGACUUUCAGAGUGCGUGACAAAUACAGAACUACAGCAGAUGAUUGCUGAUAGGGCUCUUCCCACACCCUCUCUCUCUCACUGUUUUUUUUGUUUAGUUUAAAAAAAAACAAAAAACAAAACAAACCCUAUAGAACCUAUAGAAAUAAAACUGAAUACUAAAUUGUGCCAGUGAAGUCAUAUGUGGCAACAAUCAAGUUUUGGGAAUGGAAGAAAAACAAAAAAGCAGUUUGUUUUCAACACAAAAUGAACUAAGGAAAAGAAAAAAGAAGAAAAGAACAGCGGACAGUGUCAUAACGGUCAUAAUAUGACUGUCUCAGUGGGAUAAUGACCAGGGUUACUUUAUUGUCACCUAUACAGAAGUACAGCGAAAUUACGAUAUUGCAGACAAUAUCAGGCUGCAGGCUUUAUUGCUUUUUUUGUUACAGGAAGCUGCACACACACUCUGCAAAUUAUGGAAAUGAAAAAAAACCAAAAAAAAAAACCACAAACAUCCAAGACACAUGCUGUUUUUAAAAAAGACAA